AGCUAACAGCUAGCAGCUAGCAGCAGCCUCCUUGAAGCAGCUGGCUAGCUCUAGCUGUACCGUUAGCUGUACAAGGUGCGGCACAGAACAACAGCAUCGCUAGCUAACAGCUAGUGCGGUUGACGUUUAUUUUUUUAAUCCUUGUUUUUUAGCAAAAGCCAACAUUGGAUGUAGAUUUUUUUAAACUGCGAUGUCUCAGUAGCUUAUUAGAUUGUCCGAAGUGUCAACGAGCAGCUCAACAGAAACAGGGUCACAGCAACAUCUUCAACGAAGCUAACUGUAGCUACCUGAUGCUAGGAGAGCUAGCGGGCUAGCUGUCACCAGAGUGUUAACCUGUAGACCUGCUUUACACUGAUUCUAUAAACAGCAGCGCUGCGAUGGCUGAUGUGGACAAGCUCAACAUAGACAGUAUCAUCCAACGUCUCCUAGAAGUCAGAGGGGCGAAGCCUGGUAAGAACGUGCAGCUGCAGGAGAUUGAGAUCCGUGGAUUGUGCCUGAAGUCCAGGGAGAUCUUUCUCAGUCAGCCCAUCCUUCUGGAGCUGGAGGCCCCUCUCAAGAUCUGUGGUGAUAUCCACGGGCAGUACUACGACCUGCUGAGGCUGUUUGAGUAUGGAGGCUUCCCUCCAGAAAGCAACUAUCUGUUUCUGGGGGACUACGUGGACAGGGGGAAGCAGUCUCUGGAAACCAUCUGCCUUCUGCUGGCCUACAAAAUCAAAUACCCAGAGAACUUCUUCCUGCUGAGGGGAAACCAUGAGUGUGCUUCAAUCAACAGAAUAUAUGGUUUCUAUGACGAAUGUAAAAGAAGGUACAACAUCAAACUGUGGAAGACCUUCACAGAUUGUUUUAACUGCCUCCCUAUUGCCGCCAUUGUUGAUGAGAAGAUCUUUUGCUGCCACGGAGGACUGUCACCUGACCUUCAGUCCAUGGAGCAGAUCAGACGCAUCAUGCGCCCCACUGAUGUGCCCGACCAGGGUCUGCUGUGUGAUCUGCUCUGGUCUGAUCCAGAUAAGGAUGUUCUGGGCUGGGGGGAGAACGACAGGGGCGUAUCAUUUACCUUUGGCUCAGAGGUGGUGGCCAAGUUCCUGCACAAGCAUGACCUGGACCUGAUCUGUCGUGCCCAUCAGGUUGUUGAGGAUGGCUAUGAGUUCUUCGCCAAGAGGCAGCUUGUCACUUUGUUCUCGGCGCCCAACUAUUGUGGAGAGUUUGACAACGCUGGUGCCAUGAUGAGUGUGGAUGAGACCCUCAUGUGCUCUUUUCAGAUUUUGAAACCAGCAGAGAAGAAGAAGCCCAAUGGCAGCCGUCCCGUGACCCCCCCCCGCAACAUGGUCACCAAGCAAGCCAAGAAAUGAGGGAGGGGGGAGGUACAGAUGGCCGCAGACUCACUCCUCUGUUCUGCUUUCGUCUUCUGCAUUCGAAGGAUUGGUUAUCCUUCAUGCUGCCAAUACUGAAAAGAUGUUUACUCCUAGCCGAUGAAAGCAGAAUAUUUCAUUGUUUUGUCCACAGGGGUAAAUUGAUAUGUCACCAUGACAACCUCAGGUGUUUUGCACUCCAUUUUGCAGCUAGUCUUUUUGCCACAUAUGACUGUUCAAUCAGGAAAAAUGUAACAGUACGGCUACGUAUGCACAGGAAUGCCUUGUUUGAAGCUGUGCACAACUUUUCCAGUUUCUUUCAUUUCUUAUCCAUUUGUCAUCUUUUCUCACUGUCAGUUAUGACUAUUAAUGACUAUGAAUGGCUAUUAAUGACUAUGAAUGGCUAUUAAUGGCUAUUAAUGGUUAUAAAACCAAUAGUCACAAACACCUGUUUACUUCUGUAAAACUUUAUUUACGGUCGGUGUCGCGGGACAUCGACUUCACUGCAUCAUCGCAUUUUUAAACAAGUCUUGUGCUAAAUGAAAUGAAUAAAGAGGCACUCUUGUAAUGUCUAAAUCUUUCUAAUAAACUUUGAGUGUAUUUUAGGGGGAGAAGUGGA